AUGGGCAUUUCAACUGCAACUAAUCCCCACCAUUUUACCACAAAACUCCCCCAGUACGCCAAAAGGAGAAGCUUCUCCUCCACCUCUUCCUCUUCUAGCCACUCAGCCCCUAAGCGCUUCCUCCUUGCCCUUGUCACCUUCCUCGCCCUCCUCCAUAUCCAAACCCUAACCCACACCCUCAACAACCACCUCAAGCUCCCCCUCUCCUCUUCAUGGCCCCUCGCCUUGUCUCUCCUCCCCGCGGCCGCGCCGUCCGACAUCGCCUUCCUCCCGUUGAAGGACCUCCGCUUCUCCAACACCCCCAUGGACGGUAACACAUGGUUCAUGAGCUCCCUUAACGACACUUAUGAGCCCGGCGAAACCGAACACCUCCGCUUCCCUUCCGACGCCUCCGGAGGCCGCCUGUUGUGCCUUGCAGGCAGCAGCGCGUCGGACGGCACGCGGAACGCGUACGCACUGGCGCCGCCGCAUGGUCUGCGUGGCGUGCGGUUGCUUCGCGGGCUCACGUUCGUAUCAGACACAUACUACGACUACGAGAACCUAUGGCACGGGCUGUCGGCGGUGGUGCCGUUCGCGGCAUGGCACGCGCGCAACGGGUGCGUGCGGCCCGCACGGUGGGUGCUGUACCACCAGGGGGAGCUGCGGACGGGGAUGGGCCCGUGGGUGCGGAAGGUGGCAGAGACAGUGUUCGGGACGGCGAUGCAGAUGGAAACGUUCGAGGGGGGUCAGCCCAGGUGCUUCGAGGAGGCAGUGGUGUUCCGGCACAACGAGGGGUCGAUGACGAAGGAGAAGAAGAAGAGGGUGUACGACAUGUUGCGGUGCAAAGCGAGGGCGUAUUGUAAUGUGAGUAGAGAGGCAGAGAAGGAAUCGAACGAGUUAGAGAAGGUCGUAAUAAGAGUGACGUUGCUGUUGAGGGUGGGGGCGAGGUCGUUUAAGGAUGAUAAGGGGGUGAUAAGCGUGUUCGAGAGGGAGUGUAAGAAGGUGGAGGGGUGUCGCCUCACGGUGGCGAGACCCAACAAUUUGACCUUCUGUGAUCAGGUUAAACUAAUGAGCGAAACGGACAUCCUGGCGUCGCCGCACGGGGCGCAGCUCACGAACAUGUUCUUCAUGGACAGGAACAGCAGCGUCAUGGAGUUCUUCCCUACAGGGUGGCUCAAGCUCGCAGGCCCCGGCCAAAAUGUCUUCCAGUGGCUCGCCAGCUACUCCGGGAUGCAGCACCGAGGGGCCUGGCACGACCCCAACGGCGACCGCUGCCCCUACGCUAACGCCACUGCCCGCUGCAUGAGCUUCCACAAGAACCGCCGCAUCGGGCACAACACGGCGUUCCUCGCCAAUUGGACGUCGACGGUGCUCCGCGAGGAGCACCGUCGCAUGGCGGCCGUCGACCAGGCCAAGCUCAAAGCGAGCCAAGGGCCUUGUCAAUGUGACUAGCUAGCUGAGUUAGCCGACACGGCCGACCUGGGGGCUGGGGAACUAGAGAGCGGAAUUGUAAGAAUUGAAACGUAUAGAGAGAUGUGUCAACAAUAAAGACCUGAACAUAGCUCAGGUCGUACAACGGCCAAAGUCACAAAAGGCAACACAAAAGCGUGUAUAUAACAUGCUGCUUUUAUAGUAAGAGAACCAUUUUAAAAAUUUCUUUUACAAG